UUUGCCAUUGAGAUAAUCUGAUUGGUUUGUGGAAACCGUUACGUCUGACUGGCUAGACCGACCACUGUACUCAACAGCUGACCGUGAAGUUUGCAUCCCUGAUAUCACAACAGAAGGAGAGAUCAAUUAUAGACUACGUUAUCGCAACUAGGCUAUGUGUUAUCUUAAAUUAAUACCAUGCAAUAAAGAACCACACAGUAUGGCAUAGUUGAACCAUGACAAUGACGGCUGGCUAGACAUCUGUGUUCAGUUUAUGGCAGUUGGAAUGGAGAUUCAUCCCCCAUGGCCACGAUUCAUUCAAGAGAUGGGAAAUCCUCAGUGAGAUCAUAGGCCUUUGCCUCAGAGACAACUGUCUGCUACCAUGACAACCAGCCACUGCUCUUUGUUGCCGGAGGUGCUACAGGAGCACUUGGACAGUGGCCCCUCAGGAUACUUGCAUGACAAAGACUGUAAUCCAAUGUGUGAUUUGGAUUUCUUAGUAGAGCCCACCCUACCAGGAAAAGCAAUGGAGGAAAUGAGCAGUCCAGCAAUCAGACAGCCGGAGUAUUACAUGCAAGUGCCUGCCAAGGAUGGUCAGCUGCUCCCACCUGUAGUGGAGGUAUUCGCCAAACAGAGUCUUCUCUCUGAGAGGCCCAUGUGUCGUAUCUGCCAUGACGGAGGGGGCCAGGAAGAGCUGAUCUCCCCCUGCGAGUGUUCAGGCACCCUGGGGACGAUCCACCGGAGCUGCCUGGAGCACUGGCUCUCGUCCUCCGGCACCAGCUUCUGUGAGCUCUGCCACUACCAGUUCAAUGUCCAGAGGAAGUCUCGGCCACUGCUGGAGUGGAUGCGUAACCCAGGCCUACGUCAGGAGAAACGGACCCUCUUUGGGGAUAUGGUGUGCUUCCUGCUCAUCACACCCCUGGCCACCAUCUCUGGCUGGCUGUGUCUACGGGGAGCAGUGGAUCACCUGCACUUUGCCAGCCGCCUAGAGGCCGUGGGUCUCAUUGCUCUCACUGUGGCCCUUUUCACAAUUUACCUAUUCUGGACACUGGUGUCUCUCAGGUAUCACUGUCGGCUGUAUAACGAGUGGCGACAGACCAAUCAACGUGUUGUCCUCCUCCUCCCUAAGUCGAACGGUGAAGCCAUGGCCCCGCUGUCUUUACGGGGCCCGCCCCGUGAGAAACGUCCAUCUAAAGAGACAAUAGUCUGAUGGUCCCCAACAUUCUGUCUCCUCAGAAAAGUUAAUGGAGAAACUGUACGGAAAGAUGUUGGUUCCUUUCACCCUAGAAGAGGGCAUACUUCAAAAAGUGCCACAAUGAAAUGUGCAAAAUUUCCUGUCUAAUUGGCAUUGAGCCAUGAAGAACUGAUAAUUUCAGCAGCACACCUAUGGAUCCGACUGUUUUCUGUUUAUUUUGAAGAACCCCCUCACCCCCAAGAUUCAUUCGCUUUUCUAGGUUGCAACCCAUCUUAGAAUCACCAAACCAAGGAGGUGGACAACUUUCCUUACAGUGAUCAUUUGGACUGAAAUAUGAAUGCUAGUGCGAUCAAGUGCUGUAACUCUCGAUUCCUGCAAUGUGCAGAAGAGUUAGUCCUGUUAUUGUGACAUCUUCAGACAUCCAUGAUAUCAACAUCGUUGUUCUCAAUGUUAAAAGGGCAUUUAAUUAUUACGUACUCGAUAAUUCAUAACAGAUGAAAUAAAAACACAUUGUACUUGAAGUGUAUAAACAUUUGAUAUAAAGCCUUUUGCUCCAGUACUUUGAAAUAUUUUGCACUCUUACCUAAACCAAACAUGUAUGUGGGUCUUUGUGCCUCAAACUAGUUUGAAAAAAGGGCCCCUGCGGUUGCUGCAUGGAUAGGCAGAUGUACACUAACAGUUGGAUUUUAAAGCAAAGUUAAGAAAGCGUUUAAUAGUUCGGAAAAUGCAUUAACAAAUUUUCAAUCAAUUUAUGAUGACCAACAAAGGUACAUCAUAAAUGUAAUCACAAAUAAGCAUUAUAGUUGUCUUGACAUGACAGUCUUCUAAUUUGUCUGUUGUUGCGUGUAGUCUCUUUGUUCAUGGACUGAAUACUUACUGCUUUACAGAGUGGAUGUGCACUUCAUUUGUUUUGUUCUAGAAAAGGUCAUUGUGUAGCUUAGCAAACUCUUCAGACAAUGUUCAUAACGGGCCAAACUACUGUAACUUAGCUUCUACUACCUUUUAAAGUCAGGUGGCUGAGCGUUUAGGGAAUCAGGCUAGUAAUCAGAAGGUUGCCG